ACCUCGGUUGGAUGUGCGUGUAAACUGCGUGGAGAGAGAUCAGCCACCUUGUUACUUUAUUCUGUUUGGAGCAGACCUCUUGAAAUAGUCAAUCGAGCUAUUGGACAGCAACAGUUUUGUGUAAGAAGAGGACAUCUAUGUAUUCCAGAGAAAGCAGUUAACUGUUGACCCCUGUUUGGGAGUGCUUAUAUUAUCUUAUGAGACCUUCGUAAACUGUACUUCUCAGUUACUUCUGUGAGUUUUGUUUUAUAAAAAAAUUUCUGAAUCCAGCGGUUUCCGUUUAUUAUCACCCCUUGAGAAGGACUCGCCUCUUUGGAUCCCAGUUCCCCAAAAGGCAUCCUGUCAUUUUUGUUGCGAUAUUUGUGUAUCGUCAGCAGCUCCACAUUCUGAAAUGGAUUCGUUUUCAGCUUUUGAUUCUGAGGAUUGUGUGUCCAAUUACAAAAGACGCAGAACAGUGGAGGAUUUCAACAAAUUCUGUACUUUCGUGCUUGCCUAUGCUGGUUAUAUUCCGUAUCCUAUUGAGGAAACUCCUGUAAGGUCCAGUUCCAGCCCUCCAAAUAGUACAGGCAGUACUGCUGACAGUGAAAGCUGGGAGCCAAGAUUUUCUGACCUGUCCUCUGAUGGAUCAUUGCAGGUAGAAAGCCUGAAUAGUUUUGGUAUUGUUAAGCGAGAGAAGAUAUUCUCACCACUGCUGAAAAACUCAAAGCUAUCUGGUUGUCUUCUGGAAAGAAAAAAAGAGGAUAAAAUUAAGAAAAGGAAACCAAAGAAAAAGAAGGAAACUGAAGUGCCAGUGAAAGUACAUUUGGAACAGUUGAUCAAACAAGAGUCUGUUUUUCAUGGAGAUGCCAUCUCUGAUAUUGAGGCAGAGCUUACUGAACUUGCAAAUCCCUUUGUCUCUGCCAGUGAGGACUCUGCAUCAGACUUCUCAGUUUCAAACCUUAGUGGGUUGUGCCUUCCCAUGGAAGAGAGAGAAUACAUAAAGACUGAGAAUGUACCUUGUGGGAAAAGGACUGUUAUCCGUCAGGGGAAGCAAGUUGUGUUCAGGGAUGAGGAUGGUGCUGGCAAUGAUGAAGACAUCAUGGUAGAUUCAGAUGAUGAAUCCUGGGACCUGGUUACCUGCUUCUGUAUGAAACCUUUUGCUGGGCGGCCAAUGAUUGAAUGUAAUGAGUGCAACACCUGGAUCCAUUUGUCCUGUGCCAAAAUUCGAAAAUCUAAUGUACCUGAAACUUACGUUUGCCAGAAAUGCAGAGACUCUAAGUUUAAUAUUAGACGUUCAAAUCGUUCUCGGAUGGGAUCACGGAAACUUUUCCUGGACUAACUAGGUUGUUUUUAAUGUAAAAAGGGAAACUGUACUCUAGUUUUUGGAAGAUAGAGGUUGUUCACAAAUAUGUAUACAGACUCCACAGUUCUGUUCAUAUAUGCUUCUGUGUACUUUGACAUUGACACUGCCCCCCCCCCCAUUUAGUUUCUUUUGACUAUGUAAUCUGGUCAACAGAAGCUUUUUCUUUGGUAUAGCCUCUUGCUUAUCUUGUUUCUUUUUGGCUGAUCUGGAUUGAAUUCCAGUGUUGGAAAAUAAAGUAAGAUGUUAGCCAUGUGACCUGGUGCUGGAGAUGCAUACUUAUAAUGUGUAGGUAGAUACAAGUGAGUAAUCAGCAGGGACAUCAUUUAGGAGGUUAGGCAUGCUGUAUGUAACUGAAGCAGCCAGAAUGGUCAACCUUAGCAUAUCCUCUCAAAUGAACAGUUGUGAUUUAUAAGACGUACUGACAAUGAUAAGUUAGUAUAAUGAGGAACUGAACUGCAAGAAACUAAAUGUGAAUGCAGAAUGGGAUCCAGCCAUCCAGAGGGCAAGUACUUGAGGAUACUGAACAGUGAAAUAAGGUAUACGAGAUAGAAGAACAGAGACUUCAGUGGGUUUGUGAGUGCUCUGUUCUACACACUUUUUUAAGGUGGGGGGGUCCCAUUUUUUCACUCCCACAAGGAAUCCGUUUUCCUCUUUACUGUCCUUAUUCUGUAGAGGAGACAAGGUGGACAAGACUUUUUUUUUUUUUGGUAAAUGAGGGUCCCUUCCUGGUGAUUAAUUUGAACUGGGUUGGGUACUAAACAUUUGGCUACUGUGUCAGCCAUUGAGAAAAUGUUUUGCAGUCUUUUCUGUUGAGUGUAGGGCUGCACUUAAAGCCAUAUGUGGCUUGAUAAUAGAGGAGAACCGUGAAACUCUAGUAAGCAACUUUUUUCUGUUUGUCGGAACAGGGUGGACAGCAUGACUUCAUUUAGGAUAGUCAGCUAGUGAAAUGUACUAGUCUUGUGUUUGCAUGUUGUCUCCAGGAUUUACCUGUUUUGUUUUCUUAUAAGUGCCUCUGGGUCUAGCAAGUCUAUGUUCUCUUAGCUGUGCUUGUGUGGGGUAUGAACAAGUGUAAUAAAACUUAUACCACUGAGUUUUCCAAAAGUUGCUUAGUUGUAUUUUUCUUGAGGCCACUAGCAUUGGGGACUAAUCCAGUCAACAGUGGAUUUAAAAAAAAAAAAAAAAAAAAAAAAAACUUAUUUGGUAACGAGUAAAACCCACUAGACUUACACACUUUUUUUGGGGGGGGGCAGCCCUAGUGCAUUGCUUGAUUAAGCAACUUGCUUAGAGCCGUACAUUAAACAAAUGACAAGUGAGGCAGUCAAAUCCAGGACUGUUGGAUGAAGCUCACAUCCUUAACCCUUGGGGUGAAACCAUGACCGCAGCUGGUGUGAGGUUUGCCCUAGAAAUUUGUCACCCUAGUCCUGGGUGAUAACCAUGUAGCUGAUGUGACACAAAUGUAGAAAUGACUCUGCCAAACACCUGCAGUUUCUCAUUUGUUUUAAGGCUGAACAGUGAUUGCUACAUUCUUAGUGGCAGAGGAUGCUUCCUGAAAAACCUGUCAGUAACCAUUACCUUCCACCAUGGAUGUUUUAAUAGUUCAUUUCAAGUUAAAAUAUGAAUUUAACAGAUCUCUUGUAUCUCUAUUAAAAAGUGGGUACAGCAGAAAUGUCAGAUUUUGCUGGAGCUAUUAGAUAGGUGUGCUGUCUAGGCUGUGUCUUGGAAUGUCAUUGAACAAAGUGUCAGACUCAGUAAUUGGGGGCUGCAUUGGCAUAAACUGCUAAACAAAACUGGAAUGCAGUAGAAACCUUGCAGAUGGGAUGGGGGGGGUCUGCUGUGGUUUCAUUAAGUUGAGAGUAUUUAUUUUAUGGUUGCUAGCAGUGUGAUAUUGCAUAAAACAAUUGUCUUCAGGUCAUUUUACUUGGUUCCACAAUUAUGGUGUCAGGAAAUGAUUGAGCUAUUUAUUCAUUGAAGGAUGUGCAAGUUUUUUUUUCUUCUCUCUAUUGGUUGUUUACAUUCACUUGUUGAGGAAUUGGAGAAGGAAACGGCCAGUACCCCAGUUCUUGCUUAUUUCCUUUCUGUUAAUGAAGGAUAGACAACUGUAAUUUGGUCAGUCUAUAUCGCAUACACAAGCAGCUGAGAUUGAGAUGUUUGUAAAAGUCCCAUGUCCCGAAAGAAAGGCAUUAAGCUUCAACUGCAACAUAUGCUGAAUUGUUUUGCAUGAUAUGACACUAAAACAUUUUCUGAUGGUAAUUUAUAAAAUUUUUAUUAAGAAGAGACUGUAGUCUUGGGGGGGAAACUUUACCACAACACAAGUGGAUGUAUUGAACAGUGUAUAAAACAGUGAUGCUGUAGACAAGGUUAGUCAUUUGAUAGCCACCUUCAGAGCUGAAGUUUGACUUGAAUCCUGACUUGUUUUGUACAGCAGCCUUUAAGGUUAAACCUGAUUUGAAAUUCCUGUCACGGUUUAAAAAAGAAAAGCUGGUUAUAACUGGAAUUUGCAGAUUUUUUGCAAAAGUCAUAUACACUGACUUGGUUGCAGCAAUGUAGAACAGAAAACCUGCUGAACAGAUGUAGCAAGCAAAUAUGUUUCUGUGAAACUAUAUAUUGUGAAUAAUUUUGUAAAUAAAAAUGUACUGAUGUUUUA